GCCGGCCAAAGCCCCUGACCAUGCCCCGUGCCCCACUCGCUCCCGCGACCCCCCAGCGCCGCGCAGCACUGAGCGCCCGCAGCUGUCGCGCCACCGCGCCAGGCAUGCAGUAAAGGCUGAAAUUCUGGGUCACAGCUGAGGAAGAUCUCGGACAUGGAGUCCAGGAUGUGGCCUGCACUGCUGCUGUCCCACCUCCUCUCUCUCUGGCCACUGUUGCUGCUACCCCUCCCACCACCUGCUCAAGGUUCUUCCUCCUCCUCACCUCGAACCCCACCAGCCCCAGCCCGGCCCCCCUGUGCCCGGGGAGGCCCCUCAGCCCCACGCCAUGUGUGCGUGUGGGAGCGGGCACCCCCACCAAGCCGAUCCCCUCGGGUCCCAAGGUCACGUCGGCAAGUCCUGCCAGGCACUGCGCCCCCUGCCACCCCAUCAGGCUUUGAGGAGGGACCACCCUCAUCCCAGUAUCCCUGGGCUAUUGUAUGGGGCCCUACAGUGUCUCGAGAGGAUGGGGGGGACCCCAACUCUGCCAAUCCUGGAUUUCUGCCCCUGGACUAUGGUUUUGCAGCCCCCCAUGGGCUGGCUACCCCGCAUCCCAACUCAGACUCCAUGCGGGGUGAUGGAGAUGGGCUCAUCCUUGGAGAAGCACCUGCCACCCUGCGGCCAUUCCUGUUCGGGGGCCGUGGGGAAGGUGUGGACCCCCAGCUCUAUGUCACAAUUACCAUCUCCAUCAUCAUUGUUCUUGUGGCCACUGGCAUCAUCUUCAAGUUCUGCUGGGACCGCAGCCAGAAGCGGCGCAGGCCCUCAGGGCAGCAGGGUGCCCUGAGGCAGGAGGAGAGCCAGCAGCCACUGACAGACCUGUCCCCAGCCGGGGUCACUGUGCUGGGGGCCUUUGGGGACUCGCCUACCCCCACCCCUGACCAUGAGGAGCCCCGAGGGGGACCCCGGCCUGGGAUGCCCCAGCCCAAGGGGGCUCCAGCCUUCCAGUUGAACCGGAUUCCCCUGGUGAAUCUUUGAUGCCCCUCAACGUUGGGGUGCCACCAAGCAGGAGGCCAAGGGGCUGGCAUAGCCCCCAUCCCAUUAGGGGGGACAGCUGUUGGAGCUGGGGCCACAGGUGCUCCUGGCUCCCGCCCUUGCACAGCACCCUGGAACACUCACUGGCCCAUAGGUGAUCCUACCUGCUCACCCUUCUUUAGGUGGGGGCCUCACAUAUUUGUGGCUUCUGGACCCCCAUCCCUACCCUUGCACACUCACAUGAAAGCCUUGCACACUCACCUCCACCCUCACAGGCCAUUGCACACACUCAUGCUCUUGUACAGCCAGUCUCCAGACCCUUUCCCCAUCUCCCUCCCUGCCCUCUGCUGACCCCUCCCUUUCUCCCUUUGGUUUCUCCUUCUUCACUUUCUCUUUUUCCCAGGUUCCAUGCUCAGCUCAGUCACUCAGAGGUCAGUGGGUGACUUCACUGUCACCUCUCUCAUGCACUUCCCGGCCCCAUGUUGUGGUGUUGCGUGUCGUGCUCACACUCUCCCUCAGGAACACCCACUGAUCUAGUUUCUGUGGCCCCUGCAUGCUGCCCCAGAGGUGGGUGGGAGGUGAGCUGGGGGCUCCUCAGGCCCCCAACUGUCAUGGUCCCAUGCCAUUCCAUGUCGUGUGUUUCACUGUCUCUCCCAUCCCACUCCAAGGGUGCGCUCAUUACCCUGAGGGCUCCCCCACGGGAAUAGGGGUAGUGAGGCCCCAACUUCUCCCCCACCCCACUGCUAAAUUCUAUUGUCUGGGAGAUGGGUUUUGGGGAGUCACCUGCUGCACUACAUGAGAAAGGGGCUCCCAUUUGCCCUUCCCUUCCUCCUAAGUCCCUUUUGUCUUAUCUGUCCUGGCUGUCUAUGUGUGUCACUCUCUGGAGUUCAGAGCCCCUGAGCCAGUCCUCCAUGUCCCAGCCUCCCUGAGGGCCCCCCUAACUCCACCCAGGCUGCCAGGGAUUGGAGCCCACUGGUUCAAGGCCAUGGGGAGCUCUGCCUCCCAGUCCACCCUCCCCUUCCUAGGCUCCCUCACACCCCUCCUUCCUCCCUCCUUGGUUCUUCCACUCUCCCACCUUUCCUCUUCCCUCGCUCUUCCCCUGAGGUUUGUCCUACUUCUGUUUUUCCAUCUUCCUUCCUUCUUCCUCUCUUACCUGGCUCCUAUGCUGUGAUAUAUAUUUUUGUAUUAUCUCUUUCUUCUUGUGGUGAUAAUCUUGAAUUCUUG